AUGGAUUUUUCAAGAGAUACUUUCCCACUUGCCGUUUAUGGGCUGCGAGAUGUUUUUAGUGGGUUUAUUCUGUUUUUGAAAAUUUGGACAUCAAACUCUGAUCCAAAGUUAAUUGGCAGAUGGUACUGGGAGCACAUUAACAACUCUAAAGUUGUGAGCAAGUAUCUUAGAGUGGACAAGGGUACUGAAAAUGGGCAUAUGGCAACGAUCCAUGCGUAUUUAAACCAACAAAGAGAAGAUGUUGAAAAUGUUGAGGACACUGUCUAUUUUAGUCCAUCUACAAAUAAUAAAAUUGAAAGAUGGUGGCGUGAAUUAUACCACCGUUUGAAAAAGUUCUUCAAAAGGCAAUUAAGAAUUUUGCUAGAGCAAGGCCACUAUGACUCAAAUAAUGAAACAGACAGGGAAAAUCUACUGGCCUAUGUUUUCAUCCCAGUAAUUCAGCAAGAGAUGGAUAUAUUCAGGAGUACAAUUUGGAAUUCCUAUAGGGUCAGACACCAGAGAGAUGCUCAGAUGCCCAAAGGUGUCCCUAAUCAUUUAUAUUCCUUUCCUGAAGCAUAUGGGGCUGAAGAAUGUGGCACUCAAGUGGCACUAAAUGAAGUAGCAGAAAUGUCAGGUGUCCUUACAGUUGGGGAUGAUUUUUUGGCUCCAAACAUAAGAGCAGAAUGUAGAUAA